AUGGGGACCAAUCUAUCUCCCACUAGAGAUGCGCAUCAGUUACCGGCAAAAGUGCUCGAGGAAUUUAGGAAGGGCGAUUUCGUUGUCAAACGGUCUGCAGCCGAUUUCAACCAAGUGAGUCCAGACCAAGCUCAAGAAUGGUUAAAUGUGACUGGAAAGAAAGGCGGAGGUGUUGUGGGUAUAAUCAAAACAGCUUCA